UAUACGGCUGUCAUUAUAUCGAUAACUAAUGAACCAGUUGGUGAUCAAAAUGGCGUUCAUGAAGAGUGCAUUACUCGUGUGUAUCACGGCGGUCGCCGUGCUGUACUUGCCCAACCUGUGGACUAAACCUCUACCCUUGCUCAUUUCGGGGACUACCGCGCCAGGAUUCGAACAAGUCCUUCAGCUUUAUCGGGAGAAUUUUGCAAACGGCGUGGAGUACCCGAUCGGGGGUUCAGCUUUCUCGGUGUACUACAAGGGGUCAAAGGUCGUUGAUAUAUGGGGAGGUUACGCCGACAGUGAAGCACUCCGACCAUGGAUGGAGAACACAAUGGCCGUAGUUUUCUCAACAACCAAAGGAGUCGCUGCCACAUGCAUGGCUCUCCUUGUGGACAGAGGACAACUCGACUACGACAGAACCGUCGCAUCUUAUUGGCCAGAAUUUGCCCAGGAAGGCAAAGAAAACAUCACUGUGCGCAUGCUUCUUGGUCACGAGGGUGGGCUUUCAUAUACGACUAGAGACAUCACAGAGGAGUUACUUGGAGACCAAGAAGCCUUGAGUCAGGUUCUAGCAGAGAGUCCCCCCAUUUGGGAACCAGGCACCGCCCACGGAUACCACGCCCUGACGUUCGGUCUCUACGCUAGCCAGUUACUAAGACGAGCUGAUCCAAAACACAGAACGCUGGGGAAGUUCUUCAAGGAAGAAAUCGCUGAACCCUUCGGUAUCGACUUCUUCAUCGGAACACCUUUCGAAUCGUUCUACCGAGUGGGGCGUCUUACUGGUGACAUCAGUGGUAUAUGGUCGACACUUAUCAAAGGUCUUGUCGAUCCAAUGAACAGAGAAAUGUUGGUAUCAAUGGUAACAGGAAAAAACAAAGACAUCUUCACAGUAUUGGAAAGAUAUCCACUAGUAGCGUUGAAAAACUACCGACGGGCGGAGGUACUUGCUCUAGAACAGCCAUCGGCCACAGGUGUGGGAACCGCCCGUGCUGUUGCGAAGCUGUACGGCGUUUUAGCAAACGGAGGCCAGACUAUCGAAGGUCAAAGGUUACUCUCAGAAGACAUCAUCAGUAAAUUUAUAGGGGAAUCAAAAGCGCCCUCCUUUGACAGGUCCAUUGGACUGGAGACUUCUUUCAACCUCGGAUACGAAAUAACAAAGAUUGGCGGGGUGGAACAGUUUGGACAUCCCGGGUCCGGUGGAAUGCAAGGACGUGCUGAUCCACAGCGUAAGCUCAGCUUUGGUUACGUGUCAAGUUAUCACUCCCCGUUUGGAAUAGGGAAUGACCCCCGGUUUUCGACCCUGCAGAAAGCUACAUACGAGUGCCUUAAUAAAUUAGAGGGUCAGUAGGGAACUGCAUUGGAUAUUUUAGCCACAUACGGUAGUAAAAAAUCAACAAUUUUCGAGGCCAGCCCGUAGCAACUUUUUUUUUGCGGGAGAGAGAUACUAAAUUUUAGCUGUGCCGAACUCUUGGGAAAGUUCGACUGCAUACGUCGCUGACGUCAUCGAUGAAUGAAUAGCUUUAUGGUUUCGAACUUUUAUCUUAUAUCUUAGUGUAAAAGAGUGAAUAUUUCACUCUCUUGGUCACAAGUGGUGUCUUUCGCUCUUUAUGUGAGUGAAAUUCAAUCUGUGUCACUCUUUUUGAGUGAAAUUAGAACGAACUUCAUUAUUUUUAUCUAAAAUCGUCGUCUGCCAUAUUAAUGGCUCUUUGCAAGAAGAGUGUAUGGCGGACAAAACGAGUGGUUUCUCAAUAUAUCUCAUGAAGAGAGAUACGAUAGCAUUUUUUUCAAAGGAAUAGUAAGAACUUUUGGUGUUCAGACAGCUUUGUGGGUUGCUUGUCUGUGUACUAACAUCCCCGCCAUUUUGUAUGCAGGCCAUGCCUUACUAACAACUAUUUCAAAAGUAACGGCAACACUACAAAUCUUCACAUUUUCUAAGUUGUUCGUCUGAACUAUUACUAUUUAUAGUGUUUAUAACAUCAUUGAUAAUAUAGCUUCAUAUUGUUUUUUGUUCAAAUAUAACUGCUAUGUCUUUACUUUUGAUAGGAAAAAAGUGACAUUUCUUAAUGUUAUAGGUUUCGUUUUUAAUAGUUUACCAAGAAAAGCUGGCAUUUAUUAUUUUAAUAAGAACGUUAUUGAAGGAUUACUCAAGAGUUUGUUUGCAUUGUUUCCCUUCAUUUUGGAAGUUUUAAUUUAUCUGCAGUUUUAUGGGUUUUUUGCAUUGUUUUUCUUCAUUUUGGCAGUGUUAAUUUAUCUGCAGUUUUAAACUCUAAAUGUAAGAGUGAAAAGCACCAGUAUUUACAUUUCGAGUUGUCCCUCAAUCAAAUGGCUCUUUAAAAAGAGUGGUGGUUAUUUCACUCUU